GAAGAAGUUGCAAGAGGCUGGAAGUGGGGAUCACACGCUCAGUCUUUGGGUGGCACGAAAUGCGGGCCCGGGGCAACGAACCAGAUGCGAGGGACCGACCUCAGCGCUUUUGCAUAAAGAGCUGAUCAUUGCUGCCGUUUAUCGAAAUCGUUGCGGCCUUGCUCCAAACGUUCGCCUUUUACGUCAACUAUCAACUUACCUUACGCAGCCUUCAUUAUCUCACAAUCGCUAUUGCUAAAAGACUUCAAGCUGCGCCUUGCGCAUUCCAUCUGACUCGAGGAUGGCUUCUGCAAAAGAAGCAUCUCCCAAGCUACGGAACUCGAGCAAUGAUGAUGCUGAACGGCACACCAGCAUCGCAAACGUUGACAAGGGAAGAUGGGAACGCCUGUGGCCAGUGAUUGCAUGCGGUGCCGGACUGUUCAGUGACGGGUACCUCAACAACAUCAUUGGCCCUGUCAACACUAUGCUCUCACGGAUCUACCCUGAUGCAUAUAUAACGUCGUCCGCCCAAGCAAAUGUAGCAAGUAUCACCUUCGCCGGUACCGUCGUGGGUAUGCUAUUCUUUGGGUACACGUCUGACCAUUUCUCACGCAAAUGGUCACUCUUUGCAUCAACAAUCAUCAUCAUUCUCUUCGCUGCCCUCGGCACAGGGUCGUACGGCGCAGGUGGUAGCCCGUCAGGCUUGCUCGCGGCUCUCGUUGCGUAUCGAUUCUUCCUGGGCAUUGGCAUCGGCGGCGAGUACCCAGCCGGCUCAGUGGGCUGUGCAGAAUCGACCGGCGAGCUAAAAUCUGGCAGCCGCAACAAAUGGUUCAUCCUCUUCACUAACGUGCAGAUCGACCUUGCAUUCUUUAUCUCCGCCAUCGUCGCGACCGUUGUCGUUCUGAUCACCGGCGAAAACCACCUGCGUGUUGCAUGGCGUAUCUGUUUGGGCAUUGGCAUCAUUCCACCUCUUUCCCUGCUCUAUCUGCGUUUGAAGCUUCAUGAGCCCGAAGCAUUCAAGAGAGAGUCUUUAGCGAAGGCAAAGACACCAUGGCUGCUGGUCGCUAGGUUCUACUGGUUCCGCCUUUCCAUCGUUAGCAUCAUCUGGUUCAUCUACGACUUCAGCGCCUACUCCUUCGGCAUCUACGCAACCUCGAUUCUCGCCAAUCUCCUUGGCGAAGACACAGCGCUGUGGAAGAGCUUAGCGUGGAAUAUCCUCAUCAACUUCUUCUACAUGCCUGGUUGUCUAGCUGGUGCCUUCGUCGCCGACCUCCCAUCUAUGGGGCCCAAGAAAACGCUGUGUAUCGGCGUAACGCUGCAGGGCAUCAUCGGUUUAAUCAUGGCAGGAUGCUAUCCGUGGUUGAGCAAGCCGGAGAACGUCGCCGGCUUCGUGGUUGUCUACGGAAUCUUCCUUACGCUUGGAGAGUUUGGCCCUGGUGACAAUAUCGGAUUAGUUGCUUCAAAGACGUGCGCGACUGGUAUCAGAGGCCAAUACUACGGUAUCGCAGCUGCGGUGGGCAAGAUCGGUGCGUUUGCUGGGUCUUAUGCGCUUGAUGCUUUGCAGACUGCCGCCGGUAAUGACAAGAUUGCAGCUGGACGCAACCCAUUCUUCGUUGCAAGUGCGCUGGCUUUCCUUGCUGCGGGCCUGGUAUUGCUAUUGCCACAUAUCGGGCAAGAUACUAUCAAUCAGGAGGAUGUAAACUUCAGGGAGUACCUGAGGUCGAACGGAUAUGACACAAGUAAGAUGGGGCUGGAAAGUGGGAUCCACGGACAGUGAGAGGAUUGUUGAGACGGAGAAGUGAGAGGUGUGACUGUAGAUUUUCUGGCCAUCACAUCCUUGUAGGAUCACUCGUCAGUAUCACAGAUCGAAGGCCAUCUUGCUUGUGCAGAUCAGUCUAGCACGGAUGGAACGAGCUGUAAUACACAAGCCUUUUCUUUCCACGUUUCGUGACAAGCUUGCAGAUUGUGAGCUCAUCAAGGUACUCUGCUCCUGUAUAUAUCUAUAAGGUUC